CAGACGCUGCUGUUCCUCUCUAAAGUAUCUCGCACUCAGGUGUAUCUAGGUUAAAUUCGCGGGUGUGUUACAAAAUGAUGGAAAGUGUGCAAAAAAGGCAUCAGAAAAAGAUACAGAAAUUGACUAAGUAGAUUGUUGGCCAACUUUUGUGCUGUCGUCGUCGUGGUCGGGUCGAGUUCGAGUCGAGUUCGAUGAAAAGCGAAACCUGUGCGAAAAAAGAAAGCGAGUUUUCACUUUCCAUUUAGUCGUCGGCCAUCGCUGGAAGUGGUGAACCCCGGACGGUCGAAGUCUGUGAUAAAGCGUGCACACAAGUGCGGCGAGUGCUCUUCGUCCCCUUCGAUCGCAACCAAAGAACUUGAGACAUACGUUUCCAAGUCCGUGUCCGCGUCUACUCCCAUCUAAUCCAAUCCAAUCCAAACCCCACACAUACGCUCCAGCAAAAUGAUAAAAACAAAGAACAGCGACGACAAGCUCGACACGCUCCUCUCGCGCAGCGUGGUGCCGAUCAUCGAUCUCGCCCACUGUGGCAUCGAGGAGGUGCCGGUCAAGUCAGUGGUCAACCGUGUGGGUCAUCAGCUGAAAAAGGCCCUCUCCGAGAAGGGAAUGGCCCUGCUGGUCAACCAUGGCAUUUCAGACGAGAAGCUCAAGACUGCGUGGGAUCAUCUGGAUGACUUCGUGGACCUAUCUCCCGAUGUCAAGCAGCACUAUAUUCGCACAGAUGGGGACAAACAUGGCUAUGUGAGUCGUGGACAGCCGCGCUUCGAUGGCAAGGCGCCGGAGCUCCGUCAUGCCUUCAAUAUCAGCACACUGAAUGCCCAGAACCUGCCAGAGGAGCCGCUGCCCGGUUUCGCGGAUCACAUUAGCACUCUGGCCACAGACUUUAAGGCGCUGGCCAGCUUCAUCCUGCAGGCAAUGGCCGUCUCGCUGGACAUUCCGAACACCUUCUUCCUCGAAAAGCACUCACACAUGCUGUCCGGCGACCACGACAACAUGAGCUCCCUGCGUAUGCUCUACUACCCGCCGGUGGUGGACGACGAACCCGGCCAGAACGAUGUGAUCAAGGGCCGCUGCCAGUACAGCUAUCAGCGCUGCCUGUCCAACCAGCCGGACUUCCGGCCGGAACACAAUCCCCGCGACGAAGACGACCUCAAUGAGGUCGAUGGCCCCAAUGGCCAGCUGUUUGAGCACAAGUUGGGCAACGGUGCGGUUAUCCACUGCCCGGCUCACGUUGACUAUGGCACCUUCACUUUGCUGGCCCAGGACUCGGAGGGCGGGCUGGAGGUGAAGCUGCCCGGCAGUGAAAAGUGGAAUCGCGUGGGCCACCUGCCCGGCUCCAUACUCGUCAACUGUGGCCAGAUCUUAAAUAUUUGGACGCAGGAGCGUUAUCCCGCAUUGCAACACCGCGUCGUUAUUCCUGAACAGGAACAUAUACGGGCCCGUGGUCGGCAUUCUAUAGCAUUCUUCUGCCAUCCGGAUAACAUUACGAUGAUAUCACCCAACGAUCUGCCCAAUCCGGAUGCGGCCCAGGACAAGGCGUGUCUCAAGCAGCGCAAAAAGUCCUUCAAGGCGGCGAAAGAAAGAGUCUACAAUGCAUAUCAGUUAAUACAGAAAAAGUUUAGAGAUACGUAUAGCAAUAACAAUCACUCAUAACGGCGAGCGAAUGCCACGCGCUAGAAACCGUCGAGCCAUCAUCCAUCGCAUCUCUACCUGAACCGGAAGGAAGGAAUGAAGUUCGCUGCGGACAUGGAAGUGGGAAGUGGAAAGUGAAUAUGAAAAUGAAAAGCCAAGGACAUAUCCGAUGUUUUGAACCUUUUUAUUAUUACCUUUUACUUUUAUUCCAUACGAUUGUAAUUGCUUCAUUUCAUUAAUUUAUAUGUAUCGAGAUACUAUAUACAAUACAUGCAUACAUACACCGUAAACAUAUCCCUUUGUAUAAUAAAUAUAUCUGUAUAAUUUAAUAUAGUUUCCACUGAAAAACGCACAUGUUAACAUCAACACUUACUUAAGCCAAAGGGGUUUCUUUCGCCUAAUUUUGCUGCUCGUGAAACGCGGAAGGUACACACACUGAGUACAACUCCGAAAUUGACCGACAAUCGACCACAGAAAGGAGUCGUGCUAAAACUGACUGUUUGCUGUUUUUUGUUAUUGUUUUGUUAGUAUUUUCCACACGUUAAUUAACAUAUUUCUCUCCCGCUGUCCACCUUGUUAGUAUUUGUUGUUCAUAUUUAAUGCCACCUGGCCGAAUGAAAAUAUGAAUUUCGCAUUACGUUGUAAUUAUUUUAAUGUGGUUUGCUUUUAAAAUUCUCUUUUGCAUUCCAAUGAUUUCUUUUCAACUAGUAUUCACAUACAUAAUACACACACAUUAUAUAACAAUUAUUUGACUACCAUUAUUAAUAGACACUCAGUUUUGUAGUUUUUGGUUACAAAAUAAGCUUCAGCUCGGCAUUGGACAUUUAAUUUAAUUGCGAGCGAUAUUAAUUUCGUUAACAUUGAACAUUGAGCCGCAUUCGGAUAUGGAUUAAACCAUAUACUGGCUAUAGCUUAGGUACACUGUAUCUCCUCUGACUGGCAUUAUGCACUGUCAGAUAACGUAGGGAAAUAAAAUGAUUCAGUCUGAAUACAGUCGCUGGCAGAAGUACUCUGACAAGUCAUAGUCACUGUCCCAGGGGUGUGGUAGAGGAGGCUGGGUUAGGUUAUCUGGGAUUGCAUCAUGGAGUGACUGGGCAGCAUACCUUUACCAGCGACUGUAAUCGCCGUAGUUGUUGUGAGCUUAACACAAAUUGCCAUAAUUUAAUUAUUUACUUUUCGGCGAUUACGCGUUCAUUUCGGGUUUAGUUUUUCUAUUUUUUUCUCGUUUAAGUGUCACAUGCUCACCCCAUCAGUUGACAUGCCAAUUUGCUAUUUAACCAAAUCGUAUUUUCUGUUAUUUAUGGCUUUUAUUGCGGUUGCUGUUUUGAACAGAUUAUUAUGGUGCUCUACACGGACACGUGCCACGCUUUUCAGGGUGCUUAGAAUACCCUAAAAGAGCAGGGUAUUGCUAUCUUUUAACAGCAAUCGGAAUACUUAAUUUUCGGAUGUCAUUCUCGCAUAUAUUUUGUAUUUCCUUGUUGAGCCGAUGCACCAUUUCGGAGCAGUGCAAUGCACCUGUCCGUGCCUCCUGCACUUGAGUAAACAAAGCAAUAUAUCCGCACUUGUAUUUAUGCACAAUUAAAAAUAAGUAUUUCCAAAUUAUUUUUAAUUAAGGAAACAAGGAAAAGCGUUUCAACUCAAAUUGGCAGCUGGGAAAGGGCAUCUCGCAGUUUGCACUUGAGUGGAAAGCUUUGGGCUUAAUUUAGUUAACAAUAUUUGGCUACAUUUCAAACGUUAUCAACAGCGUUGCUGCUGCUGCUGCUGACUGUAAACUUUUUUCGUGGGUGUUCCGCAGUUUAAACAAAGCGCCGAGAGUUAAAUAAAGCAAAUAUUGACAUACCCACGGGCCGGACAAGGAGGGUAGUCGAGGGAAGGUAGGUACUAUGCUCAUUUGUCGACUACGGUGAGCUCUUAAGCCGGCGCUUUAAAUAAUGACUAUGAAUCGUAAGACAAAGUCGGCGUUUUAUGCACGUCGUUUAUAUAUAUGUAGUAUUUGCAGCGAUUUGAUAUAUUUUUUUUUGGCAAAAACAAUUUUAGCCAGCUGAACACAGUCAACUCCCUUUGAUUUAUGGGGCGGCGGCGGUGACAAAUUCGGCGCGGGCGUGGCAGUUACUGCGAUUGUAUCUCUUGUACUGCUUUCAACAAAUUCGCAGGUUCUACUUCUUGUAAUCGAAGGAGAGACUGAACAGACUUGUCCUUAAGGUUUUUGGGGCUUUAAGAUUGUCCAAGCAAGAAAUUAGCAUCAUAGGAGUUAGUUUUUAUGAGUGUCAGUUGCAUUUAGUUAAAGGUACUUGGCUAAACAGGUAUAGUUCAUAUAUAAUAUAUAGAAUUUUAUGUUGCAGCAACAGUGAUAGACUUUGAGUCGGGGAAACUGGAGGCGGCGGCGGCUAAGUAUGUGGCUAAUAGACCCAAUGGAUAUGUUAGUCGUGCUCUAGGCUCUACAUUUAAAGUUAAUAUGAGCGGAACUCUUCAUUAAUCGGUUAUGCUAUAUGACACGCAUGUUUAUAUAUGUUUUAUAUAUAUAUAUAGUUUUGUUUUUAGCCUAGUG